CAGCAGCUUGGCCUAAAAGACGCCGAGUUCUUUCAGAACAUUCCGUGAAUAGACGGAGGCCAGUCUCUCAAGCAGCGCGACAUCCCAACGACAUUCUUACGGCAAGACAUGGAGGAAACCUCAGCCCACAACCCGAGUUUGGAGCUCAAGCAGAAACAUAAUGUCGCUACGACACUCAAUUAUUGGGACGACCCAGGAGACGGUUCCUGCCCUCCCCCCAUCUUCAUUGGCCGGGGCCGAGUCACAAACAAGCGACCACACCGGCCCCACGGAUUUGUGGUGAUGGAUAUCGCGGGAGAAGAAGACAAGUACUCGCUCGACACCCACGGAUUUCAAUACUGCCGGCACGAGAGCAGCGAAAAGGAAUUCAUCGACGAGGAAGCCAUUCGAUCUGUUUACUACGAAGAAUGCCGAAACUUGUUGAAAGACAUCACGGGCGCAAGCCAUAUCCACAUCUUUAAUCACAAAGUCCGCCGGGGGCCAACCCAGUGGCAUCACUUGGGCCUACAAGGGAACAACCUCGCAAACCGUGGGCCGGUCACUAGGACACAUGUAGACCAGUCGUACGCCGGUGCAGAGCUCCGGCUGAGAUGGGAAUUCCCCGACCCCAAAGAAGCAGACGAACUACUGGGACGCAGGUACCAAAUCAUCAAUAUCUGGCGCCCCAUCGAAACUAUUCUCAAAGAUCCCAUUGCGGUGGCCGAUGCGAACUCCGUCCCGGACUCAGACCUCGUGGCGGCGCCGAUGGUCGAGGAGGAUUUCAACGGGGAGUCCUGGGUCGUUCGGCACAAUCCGGAUCAUCGGUGGCAUUUCAAGUACCGUAUGACGUCCGAGGACGUACUCCUGAUUAAGUGUUUUGAUUCGGACAGGUCCUUAGCGCGCAGGGCUCUGCACUCGGCUUUUGAAGACCCGGCCUACCGAGAGGAGAGGUCUCGGCAGAGCAUCGAGGUUAGGUGCCUUGUUUUGUACUAGGGUGGAGAGCAUUAAGGUUCUGCUUGUGCCGGCGCUACUACAUAGAGCAGCUAGAUUAGGUGAUUAGCUAGAUUGAAGAGGCCAGCGUUCGAAAAAAUAACUCCGAAGGUUCGCUUCCGAGCUUCCAAGACCGUCCAAGACUCGGCGCCUGAAGUGGUUACAUUUAGAGAUGGCCGAUAUUGCACACCUUCCCUUUCCCCGUCUCCCCGUUGUCUGGGCGAUGAUCACAUACCAUAUUAUAUCCUUGGAUGUG